AGAACAACUCCAGAGAAAAGCUAUAACUAUAUGCUAUAUAAUCUCUCUUAUUAUGAUUUAGAGUGUGUGUAUAUUAUUAUAAAGCAUUACAGAGUGCUUAGAGUUGAAAGGAAAAUAUACCUCAACGCGACCCAUCUAUCAUUAUAAUGCAAUUAACCGGAAAAACAUCUCGUCAGACCUGUAUUUUCCCUUUUAGCCAACGGCUGAAUAUCGUGAGUUAGUCUCGAGCCGCUCACCUGUAACACAGGUAGGUGAGGUUUCCCGCCCGCACGUUUCUCGCGAGUGUUUCUUUUUCAUGCUCGCAGAGCUCAACAUGUUCUUGAAGAAUGGACAGCUCAAACCCAGCACAUAAUGACCUGGACUAUACUACAGUGGGUGCUUCUCUUGGCAUCUACUGGGCAAAUCCAUAGCCAUGCACUGCUGCGCUUCAUCACCGUGGAGGAGCAAGAAGCAGGCGUUAAGAUCGGAAGUCUAAGCCCGACCUACUCAGCUCCAUACCGGCUCCUCGAUGAAAGAUACGUCAGGCUGGACGAGAGCACAGGGGAUCUGUUCACUAAAGAGCGCAUAGACAGAGAGACCUUGUGUCCAUCACAUCAGGAUGGGGAGUGUACUUUUUCAAACACCGCAGUCGUGAGUCUUAAUUUUGAAAUAGUGCCGAUGAUAAUUGUUGUGGAUGAUAUUAAUGACAACACUCCUAUUUUUGAGAGAAAUGAGAUUCCUCUGCAUGUACCUGAAGAUGCAUCAAUUGGGACUGCUUUCCCACUGGAUGACCAAGCGCAGGAUAAGGAUACGGGCGAUAAUGGCUUGAUACGAUACCAUUUAGAAGACUCUGAUGGCUUUUUUGGCAUCAGACAAGAUGGGCAUGAACUUGAGCUGGUGGUACAAAGGGAACUGGACCGGGAAACUCAGGAAAACCACUUCUUGGUUCUUGUAGCAGUAGAUGGAGGUUCAGUACCACUUAGCGCUACAGCUCAUCUCAAUGUAACGGUAACCGAUGUUGAUGAUAAUUGCCCAGAGUUUGAUGCUGACAGUCCCAUCACAGCUAUUGUGCCAGCGUUAGGAGUCAAGGGCACUGCGGUGGCCCAGCUUAAAGCCACAGACAAAGACCUGGGCCAGAAUGCCCAGAUCGCAUUCUCCUUCAGCCGUCAGAUCACAGAUAAGGCCAAAGCGCUCUUUCACUUGGAUGGACACACAGGCCUGAUCAGCUUAGCUGUUGAUACACAGGUUGACAGUCCCGAGGAGCACAUGUUGAAAGUCUUUGCGAAUAGCCCACUUUGCCCCCCUGCGCAAACUCAGGUAACCAUAUACAUUCAGCCAGUGAUGAGCCAAGAGCCGUCAGUCAAGAUCAAGUUUGUCGCAGAGCAUAAAAACCAAGUGAUCGUGUUACAGGAAAACGAGCCCCCCACCAUCUUGGCGCUCUUGGAGCUGGAAGACACCUCUACUGCCAAAGGUACUCUGUCCUUAGAUAAAAACAGCAUGCCGUUUUCUUUGAAGCCGCAAGCAGGCAGCUAUUUGCUUUCAACAUCAAAACCCCUAGAUUUUGAGAUGUGCAGCGAGUAUGAGGUUACAGUUAUUAUUUCUAAUCCUCAUGGCACACGCCUACACAGAAGGGAAGUGAUCAAAGUGCUGGUUGAAGAUGUGAAUGAUAAUGCCCCAAAGUUUGAACAAACACGCUAUGAAAAGGACAUCAAGGAGAACAACGAGCCUGGAGUGUUUCUGCUGAGAGUCCAGGCUAGCGACGCAGACAGCCAGCAGUUUGGCAAAGUAAGGUACAGGCUUACAAAUGGAGGACCUUUCAGAAUUCACGAAGAGACGGGUGUGAUUUCAGCAGCAGAGUCUUUGGAUAGAGAACAGCAGGAGAAAUACGACCUGACCGUUCUGGCCCGGGACGGCGGCGAGCCGUCUCUGGAGGGCUUAGCUAUUGUGUCCAUAAACAUACUGGAUGUGAAUGACAAUCCACCGGUCUUUCCAACCCCACAUUUCUAUUUCUUUGUGUUUGAGAGCAUUCCACAACUUUCCCAAGUUGGGAAAGUCACAGUAAGCGAUGCUGAUGAAGGAGAUAACGGCCAGAUAGUGGAUUUGCGUAUUUUGAACGACAGUGUCCCUUUUGCCAUAGACCUGGCGCAGGGGUCGCUCCGCAGUACUGGUGAAGUCGACCGUGAGAAGCAAGACCGCUAUGAGCUUCUUGUUGUAGCUGCAGACGGCGGCAGCCCAGUCCUUUCCACUACAGCAAAAAUGACCAUUUUUAUUGAGGAUGUCAAUGAUAAUCAUCCCCAGGUCCUCCUUCCUAGCAGCAACCUCUCCUGUCUGACCAUAUCCCCGGCUACUCGAGCAGGAAGCAUGAUAACAAAAAUUUUCGCCAUUGAUGAGGACUCAGGAAUGAAUUCAGAUAUAACUUACCAAAUUAUUGCAUCCAAACCGGCUCUCCACAGCCCCUUCCAGAUUGACGAGCACUCAGGAAACAUUACUCUGGUCCAACAUCUGCGCGGCGAGGACUACGGCAUGCACCACCUCUUCAUAGUCGUCCGCGACAGAGGAAAGCCAGACCCGCUGCAGACCACCGUGUGGGUCAACCUGCAGGUCAACGAGACUUUGGAAAAAUGUCACGUGAAUGCCAUUCCGGAGUACACACCACCACGACUGCUUCCUCCGAUGCCAGUUCAAGACAGAUGUGAAUCAAAUGCCGGGCUUAUUUUUUAUUGUGGCCUGUGUCUGAUGGUCAUCUCAGUCUGUGUUCUCCUGGCGGCUGUAGUGGUGUUUAUGAAGCGCAAAAACACAAAAAGGAAAGCAGAAAAAAAGAAUGUAUGGGAAACUGGAAAUCUCUGUGAACUGAAACCUUUAAAUUAAAGCCAAGGCUCUGCAGUUAUACCAGUAAAAUGUGUAUGUGUAAAUAUUACAAAGUUUUUUGUUAACCUGUAUUCUUUGGCCAGUACUUUUGGUUCAUAUUAUAAUAGUAAUAUAAUAUAAUAGUAUUAGUUUGGCCUAAUGUGCAAGAUACCUGCUUCCUUUUCCUAAGAUGAUAUGUUUUCAUCUCGAAUGAAAUAAACUCUUGAAAUCUUUAAAGAAUCAUAUUUAAAGAGAUUUAUGCACGUAAAGACAAUGUAUGUUUAAUUCUCUGUCAGCAGUGGUGAGACAUUCAUUGACAUGGAAGGAAAAUAUUUAUACAGGUGCAGACUUGCAGAAAGAUAAAUGCACUUGUUUUUCCUCUAGUGUGCUGUCGUGUUGGUUUUACAAGAUUUUACGGACUAGUCGUGCUGUAGUCUGAUGCACGCAGCCUGCAAUCAGUACCAUCAUCUAGAUCAGGGGUAACCAACGUCGCUCCUGGAGAGCCACAGUUCUGCAGUUUUGCUCCAACCGUGAUUAAACCACACUGACCUGUAGCUUUCUAGUAACCCUUACAAACUGAUUAGCUUGUUUAGGAGUGUUUGAUUGGGGUUGGAGCUGAAGCCUGAGGGACUGUGGCUCUCCAGGACCCCUAAUCUAGAUCAUGAAACAAUGUAACAGUCUUUGUCUUAUCACAAUAAGAAAAUGCUGGUAUAUUUGCAAAAAAGAAAAUGUCUUUUUACAAAGCAGUUGAAACAAGACCGUGUCUCUUUUAUAUAUUUAUGUUAAUGUAAUAAAUAAAGUGGGAUCAUGAAGAAGCAUUACCAUUGAAACACAUCAAGAUGCUCUUGAGGGUUACCCUUAUAUUAAUAUUAAUAUUAAUAUUAAUAUUAAUAUUAAUAUUAAUAUAGUCUCUACUCUAGUCUUUAUAAAGUUCCACUCAUUAGAAAUCAUGGGGGUGGGGCUGAUCCGGGGGCAACCAGAUCGGACCGAAAAGCCACUUUAACAUCAGCUUAAAUAAUUUAAUAUAUUGAUUGUUGAUAUAUAAGGAACUAUUUUCUUUGCAAAGGGUAAGACUUCCAAAGUAUAAAACGGCUACAUUUUCAAUCAAUCACUUUUUUUUUUUUUGUGUUAAUAUUAUGUUUCACUCAAAAAUAUGUUGACUUAAGGUCACAUAAACUCUAAUGCCUUUUUUUUGUAACUAAUGGUUAAGUACAAUCAAGGAAUGGUUUCCAUGGUGACCAACAGUGUAAAGAGUUUAAAAACCUUUUGAUAGCUUUUGCUGUGAGAUCUAGAGACCAGUGAUAAAAGUCUGAUCACUGGGAGAUAUCACUCAUCUCAUACCACCAAGUUUCCUGUCAUCCAAUAGUCUCUUUCUCACCCGGUUCAGAGACUCAUUUAAGGUCUGCACAAGGAAUGAGGAAACUGAAUGAUUAUCUGAUGAAUUCAGGUGAUCUGGACAAGAAUGUGGAUGAAAGAAAGUCUAGACAGAAAACUCCACUUCAGUGCCUGUGCUGGCCCACCGUACUGAUUUCAGCAGAGGAGGACCCCCUCUGCCCUGUUCGUACGCUCUGGCACCGACUCAACCAUCAUAAGAAGCUGUUUAUUUGUAGCAGACGUGAUAGGGGUUUUGUAAAUGACACAAAAGAAAAAGCAUGUUUCGGCAGGUCUGCUGAGUGCAGGUGGCAUGGGAAUGCACUUCCUGAAUAGCAAAGAAGAUAUUAAUCUUGUAAGAAAACACUGUCAUGAAGUUGACUGGCAUGUUUUCACAUCCAGGUUACAAAGAUGCUUCACAAAUCGUUCUCAAAAGGCAUCCUGCUCAUCUUCCUGAAAUGCCUUGGUUUUUGUUCCUUUAAAAGCCAAUAAAAGAUAAAUACUGAAUAAUGUGUUAAA